AUGUUGCUGUACACCAGACUUGCACCACCCAAGGUUCCUAAGAAGCGCUCGCGCGCAGGAUGCAGUUACUGCAAGGAAAAGAAAAAGAAAUGUGACGAGAUUCGACCUGCAUGCGCCCGAUGCCAAGAACGUGGCCAGGAAUGCAAUUACGAACCUGUCCGACCUCGUCAGAGGCGUAAGCGUGAAGCAACUGUUCCCUGCUCGCCAUUUGACACAAACUCCUCGUCGAGCUCGGACAGGGCAACUCAUGUUUUGGAUAUCCAUGCUACCUCCGAAUGGAACGACGAUGCGCAUGAUGGAUCAGCUGACGAGGACUCACUCGACGACACUCCUGUUACGACACAGGCACCAAUGCUCAACACUUCUCUCGUCAAUCGUACCGCCAGCAUAUCCACAAAUGACCCUACAGACUGGGCGACCACGGACCUUCCAAUAAUUUCGCCUCUUGACUCGGUCGAUUUCCAAUUGCCCCCGUUCGAUGAUUCCAAGUAUGUCGUUCAACAUAUUGAGAACGGAGAGGAGGAUAUUGAAGAGAUUGUUCGCCGGGAGUCCAUCACCAUCAAUAUUCCGACAACAACGUAUGCCAGCACAUACGCAGCCGCAUACGCUACCCCUAGCCCUUCGCUGGCUAUGAUCGCGCCUAUUCCUACACAAUCCCCUCGACUUGAGUUCUGCGCUCCGGUAUUCACAGAGUUCUCCGAACGUACGAACCGUCGUGCCCUUGUCGACCAUUUCUGCAACGUUUUGUCGCAUCUCAUCGUCUUCCGUGAAGAGAGUGGCAAUCCUUUCCAGCAGCUUGUGCUUCCCUUGUGCCAUGAGAGCCCUGCCGUCACCAACGCUGUUUAUGCUUUAGCGAGUGCUCAUCUCGAGUACCGUGGGGUUGAAAAUGACGAGAAGAGUGUCUAUUUUCACAACAGAGCUAUUCAGGGUCUGGCGCGGUUGAUUCAGAAGGGCUCGGGCGCAAACCGAAAUGAGUUGUUAGCUGCUAUCAUGCUUUUAGUGUAUUAUGAAGUGCUGGUGCAAAAGGGUCGAUCCAAUAUCGUGGAUGGCCAUCUCAAAGGCGCCAUGACCAUCAUGAGCAACAAUGGAACUGCCACUGAUCCCACUGGUGUUUUCUUGGAGCGGGCAUUCCGUUUCUACGAUGUUAUUGCAGCACUGUCCUUUGGUACUGCUCCUCUCUCUAGUGCUCCCGGCACAAAUUAUCUUACACCUUUCCCUCCUCUCGAUUCUUGUGGCGCCACAUCUCCCUUGGGCAGUGUCGACACUCUGCUGGGCAUGGCCACCUCCUUAUGGCCAAUCAUCCAUCGGCUUUCCAACCUCUUGGCACUCAAGGAUCAGCUUGAUGUUGCUGUUGCAAACGAAGAGGUUUCCAAGGUUGCUGUUCUCCGAACGGAAUUUGAGACGUCUGCAACGGCUAUCGAGGCGGCGUUGGAGGACUGGCAUCCUGCCGUCCCCGAAAACUCUGUUCUGAACCAAAACCCAGAGGAACUGAGCCCUGAGCAAACUGCAGAAAGGAGCCGACUCCAGAGUAUUCUUAGCAACGCUUUGUCUUAUCGUCACUCUGCGUUCGUCUACCUUUACCGGACAAUUUACAGCUACCCGAGGAGACACCCGCUCGUACAGCGCCAUGCUCAUAUCAGUCUGACCCAUUGUGUCGGAACAGUCAGCAAUACUGGCCCUAUGAGUGCUCUUCUCUGGCCACUGUUUGUUGCUGCUUGUGAGGCCAUUACACUAGCUGAUCGUGAACUUGCCCGACAGGCAUUCAUUGCUAUCAACCGCCGGCAAGGCAUGACAAAUAUUGAUCGUGCAUGGACUAUCGCACAAGAAGUCUGGCGACGUGCGGACAAGGCCGAUAUGCUGCAGCAGCAAGAAGAGGCGAUGAUGAUGGGUGUCAGGAGUGGUGGUGAUCUCUGGAGAAGAGUGAGUGCAGAUAUGGGCGUAACCAUCGUUUUUGGAUAG